UACAACACACGAGACAUAUUUUUUAAAGGACAUGUUUACGACAAACCAGCGUGGUCACAUAUUGUCUUCAGGCACUUUCUGGGAACCCUACUCGACUUUCGUCAAGCUGUUUAAGGACCCCAGGAUGUCCAUGCUUGCUGAGCCCCGGAGGAAACAGAAGUGGUCUGUUGACCCCAGGAACAGCGCCUGGAGUAAAGAUGACUCCAAAUUUGGCCAGAAGAUGCUGGAGCGAAUGGGCUGGUCCAAGGGCAAGGGCCUGGGCAAAAGUGAGCAAGGCUCCACUGACCAUAUCAAAGUAAAAGUUAAAAACAACAACUAUGGUCUUGGAACCAGUGCCAGCUAUGAGGAUAACUGGAUCGCCCACCAAGAUGAUUUCAAUGAGCUUCUUGCUCAACUGAACAACUGCCAUGGUCAAAACAACCAGCAUACCAGCACUAAACCUCCACCAGAGGAGCAGAAAGGAUUCAGCUUGGAAGAGAAGUCCAAGACUUCGAGAAAGAGGGUCCAUUACAUGAAGUUCACUAAAGGAAAGGAUCUGUCCUCCCGUACUGAAACAGACCUUAACUGCAUCUUUGGGAAGCGAGGAAGAUCUGCCAAUGACCAAGAGCAGGAGAGCAACAGCAGUGAUUCUCAGGGUGAGACGAAGAAGGAUUUUACUCCUGCUACUUCUGAACUGGAUACAGAGUCCAUCACCAAGACUGUGACAAGUACUCUCAAUAUGCAGGAGUAUUUUGCACAGCGAAUGGCUCAGUUGAAAAGGUCUCGUGGACAGGCCCUGAGUACAGCACCCCCAGUGGAGGCAGAGGCCAACAAGACAUCAGGUCUGUCCAAGGAACCCGAUCCCAUCCGCAGCAGCAACAACGAUGACUCAGAAGAGCCCAAAAAGAAAAAAAAGAAGAAGGGCAAAAAGUCAGUAGAUGAGCUGGAAGUGGCAGAAGAGAACAGUGCCGCUCCCAUCGUAAUAGAGGACGAUGAGGACCGACAGCAGGAGUGUCCGGGUAAAAAGAAGAAAAAGAGGAAAAUGGUCGAGAACUGUAGCGCCACCUCUGGUGUGGAACAGAACUGUGUGAAGAAGAAGAAGAAGAAGAAGCUUAAAAAACACAAUAAGGAAACUAAACUACUAAAUGGACACGGGCCAGCUGAGGAUCAAACUGUAGAAUCUGAGGUUGUUCACAAAAAGAAGAAGAAACAGCGAGAGGAGGUGGACGAUGUAGUAAAAGAGGACAAGGAGGAGCUGGUAGAGAAGAAAUUCAAAAAGGACAAGAAAAAGAAAAAAUAAACAUCAAGAAUAGGGUGGAAUUAAUAGCAUUGCCCUCCAAUUCCACCAGUCCUUUAGGCUUCAGGGGGACUCACGUUAUCCUCUUAUCAUAAACAUGAUCAUUGGGGCACACGUGUAUGGCCUUUAUGAGCAAAUCAAAUGUCUUGGAUAUACACAAUCUAAUAACCUGUUCACACUUAGCUACAGUGAGGAGAAAAGGGAGGUUAGACAUUUGAUCACAUUAAAAACCUUGAAGCUGCCCAGUAAAACCACAAACGUGUACUGUUGGCCACUGGGAUGCAGCAUUGUUGCAGCAGAUGGUAAAAUGCCUCGACUUAAAGAAAGAGUUUGACAUUUUGGGAAAUGCGCAUAUUUUUAAACAAUCAAUCAUUACACAAACAAGAGAUAACGUGUAAAUUAGUGAGCUUUAGAGGUGCUGGUAGGCUGAUGAUGUUACUUUUAGACCGAGUUAGGCUAGCUGUUCGCCACUGUUUCCAGUCUAUAUGCUAGGCUAAGCUAACCAGCUGCUGGCUAAGCUAACCAGCUGCUGGCUGUAGCUUCAUAUUUAUCAUACAGACAUGAGAGUGGUAUCGAUCUACUCAUCCAGCUCUGGGCAAGAAGCAAAUAAGCAUAUUUCCCAAAAUGUUGAACUAUUCCUUUAAUCUAUUAGAUAAAUCUGUUUAAUCUCUAAAUGUGCAUCCACAAUGUCUCAAAUGUAUUAAUACAGACAUAAUAAGUUGACAUACUUUUUUAAAUGAGCCUGUGUUUCCAUCAAAUUUAGAAAUACUUAGAUUAGUGCUGGCGUGUGCAUGUCUUAUGUCUCACUGAAUAAAAAGGGUCCAAAUUGCUAAAUUCCAAAAUACUACAUUUAGGAAAAAUGUGUUAUUUUAUGUUUUGCAAACAAUGUCAAAAUGAAUUUCUACCAUCUAAUAUGCAUCAGCAUUACUAUUUAUGUAUGCAAUAUUUCACAGUGGAUUUUAUUUUCUUGCCAGCAGUUAGUGUUAACCAUCUUUGUCCAAUUUUUCAGACAAUGACAAGUGACCCAGAGACAGUUUUUGUCAAUUUUGUAAAAACAUCAGAAGCACACAGAAAUUAGUAGUCUCUUUGAUGUUAAAUGACUUGACAAAUCAGAACCGAUGCAAUCUGAUGAUGGUUUGUUAGAAAGCUGGAAAACGUUUGUCUGACACAUUCAGGAGCUGUAAGAAAACAAACUUUGGCGCUUUAACAGGAUGAAAUCACUUUUUAAAUAAAUCCAAAUAGUCAUGCA